CGUGCUACCUCCAGUUAAUUGCUGUCAGUUAAUGCUAUGUUGGAGUGGAUCGCAGACCAUCAAUUUAUAUUUUUCUCAAUUGUUCUGUUGACCUUGAUUAAGUUGUACAACAUGCUAACCACGGGCAAAAUCACCAACACUAACCGCUUGGAUGGAAAGACGGUGCUCAUCACAGGAGCUAAUGCAGGGAUCGGCAGACUUAUCACAUUUGAAUUAGCGAGGAGGGGAGCCAGGAUAAUAAUGGCUUGCCGGAAUCAGGAAACUGCGAAGAAAACCAAAGAGGAAGUCAUAGAAGAAACGAAAAACGACAAGCUUGUCAUCCGUAAACUGGACCUCUCUUCGCUUACAUCAAUCAGGAACUUCGCAAAGGAAAUUCACGAAACUGAAGAGAAAAUUGACAUUCUCAUCAACAAUGCAGGUGCCUAUGGCCUGAGAAACAAGAAGACAGAAGAUGGGCUCAAUGUUCUCAUGCAGAUCAAUCAUUUUGGACCGUUUCUGCUAACAAACUUGUUGCUGGAUCUUGUCAAGAAAUCGGCGCCCAGUCGAAUAAUCUUCACGUCAUCAGUUGUCAACAUUUUCGCCAAACUCGAUUUCGACAAUUUGAAUUUUGACAAGCAUCACCAGUAUUUCCGCGUCUAUGCAACCUCCAAACUCUGCAACAUCAUGACAGCCAACUAUCUGGCCAAAAAGCUCGAAGGAACAGGAGUAACCGUGAACAGUCUACAUCCAGGCAUGGUCAAAACGGAGAUUUUCGGAAACUUUUACAAUUUCACAGGAUUUAUGUCACCAGUCUUCAAGUUUUUCAUAGAUUUCUUAUCAAAGGUGAGCGGAUAUUUUUAUAAGUCUACUUUCUAUUUCAGAAUGAACAAGAUACCGUACUUGAAUACGGUAUUUAUAUUUAUUAACAAAUAUGCACGAUAUUAG